AUGUAUCAAAAAAGUAAACCAUGGGCACUGUUCAGAAAUACAGAUAAAAGCGAGUAUUGCGCAUUAUUCAUGGCAGUUAUUUUCGCUACAAUAGUUGGAGCCUUACUACCCGUUCAUUCUCUUAUACUGAGGGGUGUAGUCAAUGACUUCACCGAGGAAAUUUUUCUCAAAGAAAGCAUCUAUGUAUAUUCUAAAUGGUUUGCUCUUGUGGGUGUUACAGUGUUAUUAUUAGCAUUCGGUCAAGAUUUCUUGAUCAAUUUGUUCACAAUCAGGCAAAUUAACCGAAUACGUUCGCUGUAUUUCAGAAGCAUUUUACGCCAGGACGUUGCAUGGUUUGAUGAACAGUCAUCUGGAUCACUCAUCAGCAAACUAUCUCAUAACAUUGACAACAUUCAACUAGGGAUGGGUUCAACAUUGACCGAUUUCAUUAAAAACUUGUCUGGAUUCAUAGUAGGUAUUAUAAUUAACUUCGCAGUGGGGUGGAAACUUGCCUUGGUUGCUUGCGCUAUACUGCCAAUCAUCGGUGCAGUUUUUGGGUGCUUUGGGUUUCUGAUGAAAUACUUCACCCGCAAGGAAAUAGUUGCAUACGCACGCGCUGGUGCUGUUGCCUGCGAAGUCCUAGAAGCUAUACGCACCGUUGUUGCGUUCGGUGGAGAGAAAAGGGAGUUGAAAAGAUACCGUGAGCAACUGGGAACGGCAGAAAAAGCUGGGCUGAAGAAAGUAGUGGCAUCAGGUGCAGUUAAUGGGACAAUUGGACUGACUGUGUUUUGUUCUACUGCUCUACUAUUUUGGUAUGGCUUUAAAUUAAUAGUAAAUGAAGAUUAUGACGCUGGAACUAUUGUGACGAUUUUCGUGAAUGUUCUUUUAGGAAGUGUUUUUCUGGGUAACGCUCUACCAAGUUUCCAAUAUUUUAUGAACGCACAGGCGUCAGCCACUGAAAUUUACAGUAUUAUCGAGCGUGUCCCGGAAAUUGACAAAGACUGUCACGGAAGGCUGAUUCCGAACUUUUCUGGGAACGUCACAUUCAGAAAUGUUUCUUUCGCAUACCCAAGUCGACCAGAUAUUGCAGUUUUAAAGAAUUUUAGUUUAAGCAUCAAAAGUGGGCAAACUGUGGCAUUGGUUGGACCGAGCGGUUCAGGGAAAAGUACCGUUGUUCAUAUGUUGCAAAGAUUUUAUGACCCAACGAAAGGCGAGGUAUUAAUCGAGGAUGAGGACAUCAAGAAUCUGGACCUGAAAGCUUAUCGUAAUCAGAUAGGCUGUGUACAGCAAGAACCGGUACUUUUCGAAGGAACUAUCAGUGAUAACAUAAGGUUAGGGAAGCUGGAUGCAACUCAAGAUGAGAUAGAAGAAGCUGCAAAGCUUGCCAACGCUCACGGUUUCAUUCAACAACUCCCAGAUGGAUACGACACUUUUGUGGGUGAAAGAGGUGGCGGAAUGUCAGGUGGUCAGAAGCAACGUAUAGCAAUCGCUCGAGCUCUUAUUAGAAAGCCGAAGUUGCUGCUGUUGGAUGAAGCAACGUCCUCACUUGACGCAAAAUCAGAACGUCUUGUCCAAAUGGCUUUGGAUAGAGCUAUUGAGGGGAGGACUGUGGUAGUUGUUGCUCAUCGUCUUACAACAGUUCGUAAUGCGAAUUUGAUAGUCGUGCUUGAUAAGGGAGUGGUUCGCGAAUCUGGGACACACGCUGAACUUGUAGCUGAAAACGGUCUUUAUGCUGCGAUGCUUAGUAAUCAGAGAAUAUUGGAGAGUGCUGAGAACGAUGACAAUGAAUUAUUGGAUGAAGGAUCUCGAAAUAAAUAUAUCGUCAGUGGAAAAGACUUGUUGACGAAAUUAGACGAUAUUUGUAAAAUGGAUAAUGGUGAGGAUAGUGUAUCUGAAACCACUGGAAAUGUUCCAUACGGGAAUUUUUCCCUUAUUUCAACAAUUUCGAUUCUACGUAAUCAAAGAAAAAAUAUCAAGCUUUCUCCGACAUUAAGGGUUUUAAAACUUAAUAGACCUGAACUACAUCUGAUAGUUUUAGGAUGUAUUUGCUGUGUGAUUAGUGGGACCACUCAACCAGCUUUUGCGAUUCUGUAUACUGAAAUGUAUAGUAUUUUUCCUUUGCGAUCUAAUCCAGAUCUGCUGUUUAGUCGACUCACUGUUGUAUGUGGGAUGAUGGUGGUGAUUGGAAUUCUACGUUUUGUAGCUAAUGUCAGUCAGAGUUUACUUUUUGGAAAAUCAGGCGGUAUAUUAGUUAGUCGCCUACGAUCAAAAGUUUUUGAGAGCAUGCUAAAUCAAGAAAUAGGAUGGUUUGAUAAACCGGAGAACCAAGCAGGAGCAUUAACUGCAAAACUGGCCAAUGAUGCUAUGAAAGUGACAAUGAUUUCAGGUUCACAAUUGGGUUUCAUCAUAGAAGCUGUAGCAUUGAUAGCUAUGUCUUUUGUGGUUUCGUUUAUCUACAGUUGGCAACUGACUCUCCUAAUAUUAGCCUUCUAUCCACUUAUUGUCAUUGGAGGAUUUUUCCAGAUGCGAACACUUUCAGGAAGUAGUAAUAUUCGGAAUGCCAAUGAAGCAAUGAGAAUUGCUCAAGAGGUGACUGGCUCAAGCUACACAGUUACUGCAUUUACAUUAGAAGAUUACUUUUUUAAACGUUUUGAAUCUCAUGCAGUUGAAAAUCUGAAAAAUAACUUGAAAACGAUAUUUUUAAAUGCCAUUAUGUACGCUAUUGCAGAAAGUGUAUUGUUGUUCGCAGUAGCUGCUGCGUAUUCACUCGGUGCACACUUGGUUUCAACAAAAGCAAUAACGGUUUUAGCAGUGUUCAGGGUUUUCGUAACUAUCCAUUUGAGUGCUCAAUCUCUUGGCCGUACAGCUACACUAGUUUUGGGUACUAAAGCAGCAGGUUCAGCUGCGAAAUGUAUUCUUGAAAUUCUAGACAGGAAACCUCUUAUUUCAACUAAUAUAGGGAGUGUACCACGUGAAAAAUUCAAAGGGAAAAUUUCGUUCAAGAACGUUGAUUUCAAAUAUUUUUCUCAAACUGAGAGACGGGUUCUUAAGAACUUUUCACACACUAUUGAGCCUGGUCAAACAGUCGCAUUAGUUGGACCUUCUGGGUGUGGAAAAUCAACACUACUUCAGUUAGUAUUGAGAUUCUACGAUCCAUCAUAUCACGGUCCCGAUAGUGGUGUGUUUUUCGAUGAUAUAAAUAUUAGGGAUAUUGCACCUAGUUGGGUUAGAAAACAGAUUGGUCUUGUUUCACAAGAACCCACUUUAUUCGAUCUCACGAUAAGAGAGAAUAUUGCGUAUGGAGACAAUAGUCGAGAAGUGACGAUGGAAGAGAUUAUUGAGGCAGCACGUGCAGCUAACAUCCAUGAUUUUAUUACAACACUUCCAGAACAAUAUGAAACCAAAGUUGGACAACGUGGAUCAAAGUUAUCUGGAGGACAGAAACAGAGGAUAGCCAUUGCACGAGCUUUAGUUCGUAAACCUGCUCUACUUCUGUUGGACGAAGCUACUUCAGCUUUGGACAAUGAGAGUGAGCGGAUAGUUCAAGAAGCCCUUGAUGCUGCUAUGGGGUCGAGAACAUCAUUAGUUGUUGCUCAUCGCCUGUCCACAGUCGUCAAUGCUGAUUUGAAUUCUUACCAAAUCGCAUAUAAUCACACCAUAAUACGACGAGGAAACUUUCCACAAUGGUAA